AUGACUGAUACAAAACAACUCGAUUAUAUUGUGCAUCAGUUAAAGUGGAUGGAAGAAAACUGUGAUGAUGAACAGACUUCAAAAAAUCUACGUCGAGCUGCAACACAAACUCUCGAUCGGUUUUCUAUUGAAGGAAGCCCGUUUUAUAGUGAUGAAAGAAUCUUAUAUGUGUCAAUGAUCAUUGGCAGAUUAAGUCGAAAUAUCGGUUUAAAAGGCGUGAUGAAAUGUUUGUAUGAAAGACGUCAGUUUUGUGAAUUGCCUGAAUUUUACAUAAAUUGGGCUAAGGUAAAUGUAAAUUUUCAGUAUUAUGAAAUUUUUUCUUCGCAUUUUUGUCGAAAUAUUUUCUGUAAAUAG